AUGCAACUGCUUAGAAGUUUUAUUACCUGCGUCCUGCUAGUCGCAGCUGGACCGACAUGGUUUCUUUCAUUAGCCAAGGGAUAUCAGGUUCAAGUCCGAAUACCCGUGUGGGAUGUUGGAGGAAUUAUCAAAAAAGUAACAGGUUUCACCAACGGCCAAGUCAGUAAAAAGAAAAAGAAAGAGAGACCCAACCAUGAAGAGUAUUGGCCAACCGAAUAUGGAUACUACGAUCCUUAUGCGCUUGCUUAUCCUCCGCCACCUUUCUAUCCAUAUCCUCCAUAUGUUCCACCAACAAGGCCGCCGUGGCCAACAACCGAACCUCCAACUGAACCUCCAACUGAACCUCCAACGGAGCCACCAACUAAACCAACAAGACCAACUAAGCCAACGAAUAGACCAACUAAACCAACGGAUAGACCAACUAAGCCAACGAAUAGACCAACUAAACCAACGGAUAGACCAACUAGACCAACUAGACCAACUAGACCGACCAGACCAACCAGACCAACUAGACCAACUAAGCCAACAGACAAACCAACUGAGAAACCAACUACAACUGAAACUCCUACCGAAGCUACAACAACGCAGCCAACGACGGAGACUACAACAGUAACAACAACGGAUGCAACAACUGAGACUACAACAAAUGCACCGACUGAGACAACAACGGAUGCAACAACGGAAAUUACAACAGAUGCAACAUCUGAAACAACAACGGACGCAGCCACGGAUUUAACAACGGAUUCAACAACGGACGCAACAACGGACGCAGCUACGGAUUUAACAACGGAUGCAACAACUGAAGAAUCGACAACGGAUGCAACAACUAGUCCACCCCGCGAUCUUUGCGCUGUGUACCCAUAUCUUCCCGAGUGUCAAGCGGUCAAGUCAGUGCACUUAAUCAACAAUAAGUUUAGCCAUUCUUUUAAGCCGGCGCAGAAGCUUUCGAUCGAAACAAUGCCACACUCGGUGACAUCUCUCUGUUUCUAUUAUCCCCGUUUGUGUAUGAAGCCGGAAGAAGCUCAAUUCGUAAGAUUGUCGGACGAGAAUGGAAGGCCCUUGCUUCUAAUAACUCCAGCCGAAGGAACAUCGCCUCAAACUCUGGUGAAAAAUAAGUUGAAGCUAAGCGGAUAA